AACAAAAUAAAAAAUUCCUAAUUAAAUAAUUUCUGAAUUUCUUUCGUUUUUUCGGUUAUUUCCAAAUUCAAUCUCCAAAUGGUGGAUGAUCGUGUUGUAGUUCCUGUGAAUGCCAAUCAAAACGAAUUUCCAAUGGUAAUUAUCACCGAUAACAAAGACGAAUUUUCAAUAUUCCCUCCAAUUAACCACGAAAAUCUUCAACUCUUGACAAAUCAACAAAUUCCACAAUCGAAAUCACCCCCAUCUCCAUCUUUUUCCCCUUCUGAUUGUGACGCUUGGGAAGAAUGUUUAUCUCUGUCUUCACCGUUCGAUUCAAGUCUCCGUAAAGGUUGUGACUUUAUCGGGUGGUUGAGCAUUGGGUUUCAGAUCUUACGUUCUAAGCUCGUUUCCGCGGUUUCCUCUUUCCGGAACCGUGGAGGGACAAAUUGGUCAUUUGGGUUACGUGCUGCCACUGUGGUAUUCAUUGUCAUGGUGUUGAUAAGGAGGAGGAAGAAUGGAAGGAGGACCCUCACGCCCAAUGAGUCUCGUCUUAUGCAAAUCAUCAUGGAGAAAGAAGGGAAAAUUGCCCAACUUUUGCACCAGAUUGCGCAAAUGAAUGAAAUACUGAUAGAUCGCCACAAAGCUUUGGCUGCAAAAGUGGUUAAUUGAUGUGACCAAGGUUUGUGAACAUGGUAGUAGCUAUUGUAAACUACAUUCAUGAAGAUCACUGGUAAAGAGCUUUUGUACACUGAUACUGUCUUUAUUCUUUUCACUUUGAAGUACCAGGACUUAAAUUUGUACAUUGCAAUUUCCGUGGUUCUGCAGGUGUUAGUUAGGAUGUAAAUUGACAAAAGAACUAAUUGUGAUUCUCGGCGCAUAUUCCCUGGUUUAGAUGGCUGGCAGGGAAGCUAGCAGAGCACACUCUAACUGUACUAAUGUUUAGUUAGCUAGGUUUUUUUUCUCUUUUAUUUAGCACAUAUUGCAUUUGUACAAGCUGUUGAUGUCAGAUUAAUGACUCCAACAUUUGGUUUAGAUUUAGCUAUUUAGGAAAGUCCCAAACUUGGUUUUCUUGGACAAAAGUCUAUUCUUUAUUGCAUUAGGUCUUGUUAAUGAUAGAGGCUCAAUUUUCUUAAUUCUUUUUGUAUGAAAUUCUUAAGCAUAUAAAUUUAGGUUCGAUUUGAGAUUCA